AAAACAGUUUCAUUCGGUAACUCGAAGAUUAGAAAUCAAACAAGUCUUAAAAGUUUAGCAAAUUUGUUUAACAAUGAGCAGCCAAAUUACCAAGUCGAAUUCGACCACUCCAAAAUUAUUGAGAUCAUCGCCAAAGACUGUUCAAAAAAAUGCAGUAGAAGCAAAAGUAUUUUGUUGCCAGUUUGAAGUAUUUGGUCGCGUACAGGGUGUCUUCUUCCGCAAGCAUACCCAAAAAAAGGCCAAAAAGUUGGAAAUUACUGGCUGGUGCAUGAACACAACUCACGGAACCGUAAAGGGAAUGCUCGAAGGAUCCUUAGAUCAAAUGACUGACAUGAAAUACUGGCUGCAGCACAAGGGCAGUCCUCGCUCGGUGAUUGAAAAGGCAGUGUUCUCCGAGGUUGAGCCUCUGCAUAUCAAUAACUUUAAGAUGUUCUCGAUACGCCGCUAGAGAUUAUUUUAUAUCAACAUUUAUUUAAUCAUUUUGUUGAAAUUAUGUUUUUAGCCUGCUACAUAACCGAUUGUCAUUCCAUAAGCCUGAAGCGUGAGAUUCU